AUGGGCCAUCCCGAGGUGACGACACGCUCUGCACGUUCACGUGUCAAGAGUUCGAGCAUGUCUCCCCUAUUCAACGAUGCGCUGGUCGCCCAAACUUGUGAGACUGCUCAAUUAGAUAGCGUACUCUCAUCACUCUUCCCUCCAAGCGUCCGAGUACAGCACUCGCAGCACAUCACCGGCCAUCUCCACACUUUACGCCGCCUUACACUCUCCAACGGUCUCUGCUUAUUUCUGAAGAGUUCCCCGUACUCCGGAACCCCGCUGCUCCGACAUGAACGCCUGUGUCUGGAAACAGAGGCUCGUGUCCUCGCUCUUCUUGGCCAAAGUGCGAAUCCGUGCAUCCCUCGGCUAUACCAUUACAACCCAAGCGGCAGCUUUCUGGGCUCAACUUUCCUGCUCCGGCAAUACAUCGAGGGGUCCAGCCUCUCGGAAAUGGAAUCCCGUCUGAAUACCCACGAACGCAGCGACAUUGACCGUCAUUUGGGGUUUCUCGCCAGGGCCAUAGGCCAGAAUGUGGCGUCUGGCUUCGGCUCUCUGCAACAGGUCGCUCGCGGCGCAGGCAAACGAUCGUGGCGUGAAGCGUUUUGCGCGCUCUUUGAAGGUGUUUUACGAGAUGCCGAGGAUGUGUUCAUCAAUUUGCCUUACGCAGAGCUUCGGCACGAAGUUUUUCGACUGGCGCCGGCCCUGGAUGAAGUUGUCCUGCCGCGCUUGACCGUUGUCAGCUUUGGUCGACCCACCCAUGUUCUGCUAGAUGAACAUUCCAAACAAGUGUCUGGCGUGGUGGAUCUGAGCAGUGCCUGUUGGGGAGAUAUGCUCAUGGCAGAGAUGUUUGAAAGGCCGUCUAUUGCUGCAGUCGAAGGCGCGGGCUUACCUUUGAUCCGUACGAAGAGGGAGAGCAUUCGAAUUUUGAUCCCGGUGAUGGCUCACUUACUCAGAGGCAAACAGGCUGGAAUCCAGCGAGACCUGUCUGAAGGUCUUUCUCCUGACUUCUUCGGGCUUGACGACUUUGCGCGAUGUGGAGUGAACUCACAAAUCAGUGCGAUUGCCUACGAUCCAGUACAGUCGCUGCUGGCCGUGGGUACUAGUGAUACCUCCUUUGGGAGCGGACAGAUCUAUGUCUUUGGUCAACGGCGGGUUUCGGUAGUCUUGAGCUUCCCUCGCAAGGCGUCAGCAAAGUACCUCCAGUUCUGUGCCGACAAGCUCAUUAGUGUGGACUCAAGGAAUGAGGUCUGUAUCUUUUCUUUGGAGACUAAGACCCUGGUCACCUCUUAUGCGCCGCCAGGCCAACCAACUGCCCUGGCGACCGAUCCCAGUCUUGAAUAUGCCUUCAUUGGGUUGUCGAAUGGUGAAACUAUUGCGUAUGACCUCGACCGGCACUGCCUGACGCCUUUCAAGAUUCCGAAUCUUUGGUUGGAACAAAACCCUCGGUCACGUUUCAACCCGGUAGUUUCAUUGGCCUUCUCAACGCGCGACAUUGGCAAGAUUUUGAUCGGAUAUCCGGAGGGCGCCGUCACUUUCUCUUUCAAACAAAACAUCAAGCAAAAGACCUUUGUCUACGAGGUUCCUGUUGGGGCGCCCGGGGGAGACACAGAGCUGCCUGCUGCCGGAGUCCGACGGCCGAGGUUGACGAAUGCAAUCUGGCAUCCGAAUGGUAUCUUUGUCUUGACGGUUCACGAAGAUACAAGCCUUGUGCUAUGGGACUCAAAGGAUGGCCGCAAAUUGCACGCGCGCAGUGUCGAAGCUGUGAAUGUGGAUCAGCCCGGAGCAUCUGGACGGCCUGGAUCGGCUGGUGGGUUUGCUGGAGCUAAGGAGCCCAUCACCAAGGUCGUAUGGUGCGCAAAGGAGAACCCUGACGAUACAGGUCUUCUUGUGGCAGGUGGAAAAUCUGCGGGCGAUCCCAACAAGGGCCUGACUUUCUUGGACAUGGGACCAACCCCGAAUUAUGCAACUUCAUCCUGGCAAAUACUCGCUAGUUACUUCGAAAGACCACGCCGCGUGAUCAACAUCCCGGUACCUCCUGCUGCUCAUGCAGUGAACCUUUGUCUCAUUCCACGGUCUUCGCCAUACUUUGCCGGAGCUCAUGAUCCCAUCGCUCUUAUCGUUGUUCUUUCCUCUGGUGAGUUGGCAACGAUGAGCUUCCCCUCUGGACACCCCAUCACACCGACCAAUAUGAUUCAUCCAUUCUUGUCUUUCGUACACCCAUUCGUCAACAAGGCGACUCUGACCCCGGUUGACCGGAGUGCGUGGCUGGGGCUCAAAGAGCGUCGCGCACAAGGACCGAAGUUUGUCUUGGGAGGGGCGGAAGCCAAGAAUCCGCUGAAGCGGUUUGAGAAUCGAAACAUUCUUUCCACUGCGCAUGCGGAUGGGACCAUUCGGAUGUGGGAUGCUGGCCACGAUGAUGAGAUUGAAAAUGGUGAGGUAGUCCAGGUUGACCUAGCGCGAGCUGUCGGGCGUAUUGGCAACGUGGAAGUUACCGAGAUGUCGCUUGCCAGUACGACAGGCGAGCUCUCCGUUGGCCUUCGCAGUGGUGAAGUUGUGGUUUUCCGAUGGGGUAACAACCCCUCAAGCGGGAAUGAGCAACCACCUGGAGUCAAUCAGGGCCCUGGCACUCUGACCCCUAUUCAUCACAGAGUAGACCCUGGGUUGAAGACCGGCAUGCUUCCUCUGACCUUGCUGAACAUGCAGCAAGGACCAGUGACUGCUUUGAAGCACAGUCAGGUGGGAUUUGUGGCGGCCGGCUUCGAGGCAGGCACUUUGGUGAUCAUUGACCUCCGUGGUCCUGCAAUCAUCCAUACCGCGCAAUUAUCCGACUUCCUUAAAGCGCCAAAGCGCGGCAGUUUCUUGAAAUCUCGCGCUCCAGAACAGACUCCUGCAGAGUGGCCGACCAGUAUCGAGUUUGGCGUGAUGACCCUGGAAGGUGAAGACUACUCGAGUAUCUGCUGCUUUGUUGGAACCAACAGAGGUAACCUUGCCACUUUCAAGAUCCUUCCGGCAUCGAAUGGUACAUAUUCAGCUGCACUCGCUGGCUCCGCUGCGAUCGAUGACAAGGUCAUCAAUAUCAUCCCUAUCGAUGCCGUAUCUGGUGGUCAGGCUAUUGCUACUCCAAAUGCAGUCGCGGGGCUGAGGAGUGGAGAGAAAAUUAACGGCGUUGUUGUCGCUGUGACACCAUCGAGUUGCCGAAUCUUUAAGCCUGCGACUGCCAAGGGAGCUCACAAAACUUGGGACGACUAUCUUUGCGACUCCGCAGCGGUGGUCAAAGUUGAAGGCCGUGGUUACAGUUUGGUGGGUUUAUUUGGAGACGGCAAUGCACGCGCGUUCUCCUUGCCAGGAUUACGAGACAUUGGCUCUGCUCGCAUCGAUCAUAUCGCGGACAUGCGACGGCUCUGUGAGGCUUGCAUCACGCCAAGUGGUAAUGUACUUACAUGGGUAGGACCUUCCGAAGUCGGUUUGUUUAACGUUUGGGGGUCUGGUCAUAAAUUGGGUCAUUCGCAAGAUCGUCUCUACAAUCCCGAGAAACUUACUCCGACCCGCCCGACUAUCACAAACAUUCAGUGGAUUUCCGGAACACAAUAUGUCUCACCAGCAGAUAUGGACCUGCUCAUUGGUGGGCCCGAUCGACCCCCGUCCAAGAAAAUGAUCGAGCAAAUGCGACUUGAGGAACAAGAGCGCCGUCAAGCACUUCGAGAAGGUCGUGCGGCACCUUCAGAAUCCCAAGGUGACCAAGAGGGGUAUCUGGCAUACAUGUCACGCCAAGUGCAGGAGCGAACCGAGCGACUUGGUCUUGCAGGCGAUUCCAUGGACCGGUUGGAGGAAAAUAGCAGUAACUUUGCCAGCGAUGUUGGCAAGUACAUUCAAAAUCAGAAACGGAAAGCUGUAUUUGGCGGCAUGGAGAAUCCGAGAUUGGACCUUGCGAAGCAGGAGGGCCUGCUGGUAUUGUAG